AUGAGACGCGCGAUCGUUUUUUCUAUUGUGGCUAUUAGCCUAACCCUCGCCGAAACCACAUCUGUGCCCCCAUAUGGACAGUGCUACACGCACGACGUCUGCCGAGCCCAGGAAGAUGGGGUUCGUGGCCAGUUCCCAUCGUGUCCUACUGAUUGUGAAUUCUACACAGCGACCCACGACCAGUCUGGUGGUCUUGUCACGCAAGCGUGCUUCAAACCUGAUGGUACCUAUUGCGGUAGAAUCUGCUCCGCCGCCCUUGGGUGCCGCGCAGUAACUUACUGGCCAAAUGAUGAAGAAUCGAAGUGCUGUAUGCUGAGUUUCGGCGCUGAAGACAACCUCGAAGAGGAGGACAAAUCAGGAGAUGGCACAUUUGGCGGUACCCUGGUCAAAGUCGAAGUCUCCAAAGAAAACGGAGUUUCGCCACAGCAGGUUCUCUCCGGGGAGGAACCUGAUUCGAAAUCCGAAGACAAACCGGAGCCGAAAGUCGAGAAUGAUCGGGGAGAAGAUUCCAAAGAUGCUGGGCUAUCUAAGGAGCUGGCAGGAAUUCCCCGUAAUCAGUUAUGUCCAAGCUAUAACGGCAGGGACUUUGAGACUACCAACUCAGAUGGUAGUCGAAAUAAGUGGCGUAUCCUCUGCAACACGAUGCUGAAUCACGGCGCUUGGCAGCCCGAUGGCCUCCACCUUUGCCGGUCAAUCUACGCUCGAAUCUUCAACAUUGAUACCAUGGGUGAAAGUCAAGAAAACCUUUUCAACGUCUGGACCUACGAUAAGGCCGAAAAGACAAAGAUCACUGAUCGCAUUGUCAUAGGGUCCAUUAAAGAGGAUGCGACCUUGGCGGACAUUCGAGCAUCGCUUAUUAAAAGCAAGCUCGACUCCAAAAAGGCCCGUUUCCCUUUCUGCUCCAAGGAUGGCGCUCGCAUAGGGGAUGACUCCAAAUGGAAACUCUACCAGGAACUGUCCGCUGAGGUUCCUAAAAAACAAAGCAGCAAAAAUGGAGACGACGAGCAACCCGCAGAAGGGGAUGCCAAGAAAAGCGACACCCCUAGUCUUAGUAUCACCGCUCAUGAUGUGUAUUUUGAGCUUUCUGAGGAGGAAACCAACCGAAAAUAUGGUGAACUCGGCGCCAACGUCCAGAAACUGCUUGAGACUCCGUUGGAUCUGGAGCUUGGUAAAGACAAGGUCAAUUUGCUCAAGGCGAGCAUUGCAGACUUUGAACUGGCAGGUUACGAUCAUAAACAGUGGAAGUCGAAGGCUAGUACUACUGAUGCAAUCUCCGCCGGCUCCCUAUCGGACGCAGAUUGGGACAUGGUUUCUCGAGCCACCCAUUUCUUGAAUGGCCAUCGAAUGGUUUUCUUGGAAAACGCGGGUGGCCGAAGAAAGUUCCAAAGAAUCGAUAAAGCGCCAUAUCCUGCCUUUUCUAUCAAAGCGAGGAGCCUCGAUGAGAUGGGAAUGACCGGUCCUAACGUCACACUUCCAACCAAAAAUCCAAAGAUCUUGUACAAGUAUCCUUUGUACACUGUCACGGAUGACUCCUAUGUCAAUGUGUUUGAAACUGCCAAUGCACUUUCCAACAGCCUUGCAUCGAGCAACUUUUCAUCGAUGGAUGUUGAGGCUUCAAUCGGGGGGGGCCUUUUCGGCUACAGUGCUGCCGCCAAGGGUGGAUUCAGCAGAAGUGAGACUGACGCCCUUGCUACCAGCGAACAAAGCAAGCACCGAACCAUGAACAUCACAUACAAUUUUCCGAGAGUGGUUCUGCAUUUGGACAAUGACAGCUUGGAGCUGACCAAGGGCUGCAAGGAAGCCUUGGACCACAUCAUCAAGCUCAGAGAGGACCCGAAGGUGGCAAGUUGGCAAGAAAGGAAAGCUCUAAUCAAAUUCUAUCAGAAGUUUGGACACUUCUUUGCCACAAACGUAGAACUGGGUGGAAAGUUGUUUUCAAAGGAGGAAUUCAGUUCAACCGAUGUGGGGAAAACGGCAGAGAAGUCAAAUGCCAUGAAGAUUAGCGCGGCGCUGUCCUUUUCUUCUCCAGUGGUUCAGGCCUCUGCUAGCUACAGCCAGGAAAACCAGAAAGCGUCAGGUAGCGCCAGCCAGACCAGCAACAUGAGCAAAGCACUCUCUUGGGAAGCUGUGGGUGGUGAUACGACACUUUGCAACAAUCCUCCGGCCUGGAGUUCUACAGUCAAGCCCUUCAAGAACUGGAGAGUCAUCAACCAAAAGGACGUCAUGGCAAUUGCGGAGUUUAUUGGGACAUUCAAUGAUUAUGGUAAAAUCCCCGAAAUGUUCAAAAUGAUCAGCAGUGAGUCCGCCCAAAAAACGCCUUGUCGCUUCCUCCUCCAAGCGGACCCUGGUCAUGACGGAAAAAUCAAGGGAACCCAGUACUAUGGCCUUCGCAAUGAUAAAGGUGAAACGAGAAAUGAGGGAAUGUUUGAUACGUUGAGGGACUGGUGUCUAAAAGAAGACAAAGUCGUCCAGUCCUAUGGCCUCGAUGGAAUUAACAAUUCAACCAACAAUGCCAAGUAUAAAUUUGAACAGGAUACAUAUACAAAUCACUGGCAUGAGUGGGUCGGAAUUGAUCCGCAAAGCUCGCGCACGGUGACGGGUGGCUGUAUAUUUGAACUCGACGUUGAGACACAACUUGGACGACCACCAAGGUUGACAUACAACACGCCAUACAAAUUGUUCAACAAAGCGACCAGAAGUUAUUUGGCAGCAGACGUUGGCUGGGAUGCGAGAAUUGGUGGCAGGACCAUGGGGCUUCUGUUUUACACCAGGUCCUACAAAAGAAUCGGGACAUUUGUGUUCCAGAAAGCGAACCAGCCAAGUGCUACUGGCACGAUUGACGAGGGCGCCAAUGUCUCACUUCACUUAUGCGACGACAAUGACGUUCCCAUAGGACAGGUGAAGCGCAAUAUAAACGACCAGUCAACGCUGGGCGUCGAGCUAAAUGAUUGCGAGCUGAAAUUCCUCUUCGUCACAAACAACUCAUACAUGAGAUACGAUGUGGGUGACUACUGA